CUCAAAAUGAUGGUCACAUUUUUAUUCUUUCUCGUGGGUCUGGUCUACGCGGACCCCGGGGAGGCUGGAUCCGAUUUUGAAAUGAUUGGAUACGAUACAAAUAUCGAUGACCCGAAAUACAGACUCUUGGACAUUGUGCAACCUAUUUAUUUCUAUGUUGACCUUGAUGUGUAUCUGGCUGAGUCCAGAUUCAAUGGAAUUGUACAAGUUGAUGUUCAGGUUCGUCAAAACGUAACACAAAUUGUAAUGCAUCAAAAUGUAAUCGCGAUAACGGGUGUGAAUGUCGUUGAUGCAAACAAUCGACCAGUAAAUCUCCAAUUUCCGAAUUCCUUCGAAACCGACAGUUACUAUGAGGUGUUGAAAAUUAAUUUCGCAUCCACAAUAAUGCCCGGUCGCUACACGAUCACUAUCAGCUAUCUUGGUCGCAUAAAUGAAAAUCCUCACGAUCGUGGUUUUUACAAAGGAUAUUAUUACGUCGGCAAUGAGAAACGUGAAUAUGCCACAACACAGUUCCAACCUUACCAUGCAAGAAAGGCUUUCCCAUGCUUCGACGAACCGCAGUUUAAAAGUCCAUUUGUUAUUUCAAUAACUCGUGAUGCCAAUCUUUCACCUUCUUAUUCUAAUAUGGCCAUCAAUGCUACCCAACAGGUAUCGACAGGCCGUAUUCGUGAGACAUUCCUGCCAACUCCCGUUGUGUCAUCCUACCUCAUUGCUUUCCACGUUAGCGAUUUUGUUGCAACUAAUGAGUCUUCCAAACCUAACAGACCGUUCCAAAUUAUAUCGCGUCAAGGACCUACUGAUCAACAUUCUUACGCUGCUGAUAUUGGUAUGAAAAUUACUGAAAAGAUGGACGAAUAUUUCGAUAUUAACUAUUACGAUAUGGGCCAAGGGCAACCCAUGAAAAACGAUCACAUCGCUUUGCCUGAUUUCCCAUCUGGUGCUAUGGAAAAUUGGGGAAUGGUUAACUACAGAGAGGCGUACUUGCUCUAUCAUCAAAACCAUACUAAUGUUCUGGAUAAGAUUUUCAUUGCCACCAUUAUUGCUCACGAACUUGCUCAUAAGUGGUUUGGCAACUUGGUGACAUGUUUCUGGUGGAGUAACCUCUGGCUGAACGAGUCAUUCGCCAGCUAUUUCGAGUAUUUUGGCGCACACUAUGCGGAUACAUCUUUGGAGUUAGACGAUCGUUUUAUUCUUAACAGAGUACAAAGCGCUUUAAGUGCUGAUGCCAGUGCUGGUGCAACUCCCAUGAACUGGACAGAGGUAGCAAGCAAUCCAUCCGUUUCAGCGCAUUUCAGUACAACUAGUUAUGCUAAAGGCGCUUCAGUCUUAAGAACAAUGGAACAUUUCGUUGGUUAUGAAACAUUCAAGAAUGCCCUGAGAUAUUAUUUAAAAGAAAAUGCCUACGGUAUUGGUUAUCCCAAUGAUAUGUACAACGCGUUCAGAAAAGCUUGUUCUGAAGAUCCUACCUUCCAAACUACUUACCCUAAUAUUGACAUUGGUGUGGUGUUUGACAAUUGGGUACAGAACCCCGGCUCUCCAGUUUUAAAUGUGGAUGUAAACAUGUCAACAGGUGCAAUCACUAUUUCUCAGGAACGCUUCCAACUGUCUGGUACAAUACCAAAUACAAUCUGGCAUAUACCAAUCACAUGGACACACAGCGGAAGUCCAAAUUUCAAUAAUCUUAAACCUAGCUUCGUACUUACUAACAAGACUACGACUAUUCAAAAGGAGGCUGGACAUCACUGGGUUGUGUUUAACCUUCAACAUUCUGGUCUCUAUCGUGUUAACUAUGAUGACCACAAUUGGGAAAUGAUUGCAUCUCAAUUACGUCGUAACAGAAAUGCUAUCCACAAAUUGAAUAGAGCACAGAUGACAAACGAUGUUCUAUAUUUCCUCAGAGCAGGUAAAAUAAGUGUAAAGCGUGCGUUUGACGUGCUCUCUUUCCUUAAAGAUGAAAGUGAUUACUAUGUGUGGAAUGGAGUUUUGUCUCAAUUAGACUGGGUUCGACGAAGGCUAGAACAUUUGCCGAGGGCUCAUGAGGAGUUCAGUGCUUACCUUCUCGAGUUAUUGGAAGGUGCUGUUCAGCAACUGGGCUACGAAGAAAGAGCAAAUGAUUCAAUUUCCACUAUUCAAAGUAGAAUGCAGAUCAUGAACUACGCCUGCCAACUUGGUCACGAGGGCUGUAUAAGCGAUAGUCUUGAAAAAUGGAGACAAUUCAGAACUAGCAAUACUUAUUUAGUACCAAAGAACGCCCGUCGUUACGUUUACUGCACUGGUCUUCGUCAUGGUAAUGCAUCCGACUAUCAGUUCUUAUUCCAGAAAUAUAAUACUUCAGAAAACACCGCUGAUAUGGUGGUCAUGUUACGAACUCUCGCUUGCACCAGAGACGCUAGUUCGUUGCAGCAUUACCUAACUGAGUCGAUGCAGAAUGACAAAAUCAGGGUCCAUGACAAAACCAAUGCCUUCAGUUUCGCUCUUCAAGGCAAUCGGCAGAAUGUGCCAAUAGUUCUCGACUUCUUAUACAGAAACUACGCAGAAAUGAGACAAUCAUACGGUGGUCAAGCAAGACUCGACGUUUGCAUAAAUGCUCUUGCUACUCACUUGACGAAUUUCGAACACAUUAUAAAUUUCCAAACGUGGCUGUACAGAGAACAAUUGGCUUUGGCUACAUCCUUCAAUUCUGGCGUCAACGUUAUUAAUUCUGCUUUGAACAACAUUAGAUGGGGAAACAAUGUCGCCCCAGACCUAUUUACAAUCAUCAGAAAUAGGAACGCUUCAGCGACAGUGUCCGCAUCUAUAGUUUUAUUAGCAGUAGCAUUAGUUGCUCAUAUGUUCCAAUAA